GCAAAGCAAGAUGCAAGGUCUAACUUCUUGCAGCAGGUGUUUCAACUUUCUUCGCAACAGAUGAUACUACAGCCUUCCGCUGCUUCUGGUUUCCCUUCGACUGACUCAACUUCUUGUAUACCAACUGUUUCAUCUGCUGCAGUCAAUGCACAAACCAUGGUCCUACUUUGCAGCCUUCCACUGCUUCAGGGAUCCCUUCAACAGGCUCAGCUAGUAGCAUGCAAACUGCUUCUCCAGCUGUAAUUGAUGCACAAACCAUGGGUUCACCUUUGCAGGUUGAUAACCCAUCGGCAUUUUUCUCUGGCACUCCAACUAGACCUCCCCGUAUCAGUACCAUCUCCUCUUCAACAGGAAACCCUCAAAUAGGCACUGAUAUUCGUGUUCCUGCUCCACAUUUGCAGCCAUUUAGGCCUUCAUCAUCCAUUUCCCCAAUUAGUCUCCGAUUGCAUUCUGGUGGAAUGUCAAGUCCGCAGGCACAUGAUAACCACCCUGCACCUUCUAUGUCUUUGCGCCAGUCGUAUGUUAACCCCCCGUACACAGGCAGGCAUCAACUACAGGCCAAUCGGGUAGCACCCAACAUGUAAAUUGCUGGAGGGUUG